GUGUGUGUCGUCCCGUAAUUUGUAGGCCACGACCGCCGCAUUAACCGCCAGAAAAUAAAUAAAUCAAACAAUGGCCACCACCGCCGCCGCCGGUGCCAGCACUUCGGUGGCCGACCCGUUGGCUGUGGCCAAGCGAGCACUGGACGACUGUCUCGGCGAUAACUUUAAGCUAUAUCUUCGGGCAAUGAGACAAUGGUUUACACACGAGUCGACCAAAGAAGAGUUCGACCAAGAAGUGACCAAAUUUUUGACAAAAGAUAUGCUUAAGGCUCACAACAACUUUCUGUUGGCACUGUUCAACAAGUGCUGCCAAUUGGCGCCGACCACCGAUGACCAUCAGAUGCCGACCUCAACCGCUAGUACUGCUACUACUACUACUACUGCCAGCAGCAGCUGUAGUACCGAUUCAGCCAUCGAUGUCAAAGUCAACGCCGCGGCCGCCGCCACCGCCUCAUCUACCACUGCCGACAUACCAGUACUAUUGGUGCCCAAAACUGAACCAAAAAGUGUCACUUAUACUGAUCUGAAACCGAAACAACCGGUUGUGAAGUCGUUAAGUAAACGAUUGAAAGAAAAGACAGCGUCGCUGAAGGAGAAGACAUUGAAAUUGAAUUUUGCCAAAAAGUUUGCCGACACCUCCGUCGGCGACAACGGCUAUCUGUCCGAUGUCCGACUUUGGGACGACUGCCAGAAGUUAUCGAAAGUCAGUUACUGUCAGCGCGAGUCCGUACUUCCCGAUCAUUUCAUGUCACAUCUGCGUGUGUUUGUCAUCUGUUGGGAGACGGGCUUAGAUGGCGUUCAGGACAAUGCCGUUAAGUUGUGUAACGCAGCACUUCGGGACUUUAUCAAAGCCAUACUUAUGGAGAUAUUUGCCUCCCGUUCCUCAUAUCGAUUGCGUGAAAAUCGUUUCAAGUAUAACAUCGGCGGUCCACCCAUUAAUCCAUAUAUCAAAAACUCUUAUUCAUUAAUUCAAGACUCAGACUAUCUGUCAUCGACUCUCAUUCAUCCAGAAAGUGGUGAAUCGGUAACAAUAAUGCCGUCGAUCGAUGACUCCACCAACAGAGCCAUGAAUUGGAUGGCCUGUAGUGUACAACAGUCGCUGAAGAGACCACAUCUGGUGGACGACACAAUCAAUUUGCGACAUUUGUUGUAUUGUUUGAAAGCCAACCGCAAUCUAAUACCGGUGCUCUCUGUUUCAUGCAAUGCCUACUAUAGGACGGUUGCAAAAUUAAUUGAAGUAGAAAACAAUUCAUCCAUUGACUAA